GUCCCACUGUCAAAUACCAAUAUGAAAUUUCCAAGAUAAAAGAAGAAUGCAGGCAAUCCUACCACUGCCCAAUCCUUUCUCUACGAAAAGCUCCGCCACUGUAAUUACAAAGGGCUCUUCAUCAAGGACCCAAGCGCCCAUCCCCCUUCCUCGUCCUUUGAAUGCAUCCAUUCUCCUAAGGCAAUAAAUUUCAUUUUGCUUGUUGGAACUAUCACACAGUUGCAGCCUUGCAGAGCCCCAGUGAUUCUAUCGACUUUGCAUGCAGGAGAACUUUCCUGUUCGAGCAUUUAUUUUUUGGUCUUCCCCAAAUUUUUUCCUCGUCGUCGAGAAAGUAUCCUUGAUUUAUGGAUGCUAAAGAUUCCUUCGUUGCCAGCCUCUUUAUCGUGAUAGUCUAGGAAUUCUAAAACCUUGUCAGGUUGUUUGAAGACAGCACUGCCUACUUCCUCUGUUGGUGGAGGUUUAUUAAGACCUGGUGCGUUUGGUGGUGGUGAUCUAGGGAACGAACCUGUGGGGACAAAACAUGAGGUCCAUUGAUGUAGUAGCUAAUGCGGGGAAUGCUAGCGCCUGCCGUCCUCAUGCUUUGAAGGUGGCUGAGAAGAGAUUGAAGCUCACAGAGCUUGUUCUUAGGUGUGUCAUAUGCGGAGCAGGGGCUCUUGUGGCUGUUCUUGUAGGGACUGAUACAGAAGUCAUGGAGAUUUUCACCCUUGAAAAGAGGGCCAAGUUCACGGAUAUGAGAUCUUUGCUGUUCUUGGUGAUUGCAAAUGGAAUGGCGGCUUCUUAUUGCUUGGUUCAAGGCUUAAGGUGUGCCGUCUGCCUGUUUGGAGAAAGCGGUAGCUUGUUGCUCAGUAAGCCGCUGGCUUGGAUCAUUUUCUCGUGCGACCAGGUGAUGGCCUAUGUAUUGCUUUCAGCAGCAGCUGCGGCCACGCAGUCGGCGGCCCUUGCAGAGACAGGGCAGCAUGAGUUCGAAUGGAUGAAGCUGUGUAAUUUGUACAGAAAGUUCUGCACCCAAGUGGGGGAAGGCAUCGUUGGUUCUUAUGUAGUCAGUUUGAGCAUGAUCGCUCUCUCUUGUGUGUCUGCGUUUAACCUGUUUAGGCUGUAUGGUGGCAAAGGCAAGAGCAUCAGCGUGUGGUAGUCUCUCCGGCGCUCUUAACUUCGUGUGAGGACUGCCAUUUGCUACGUCCUAAGCUAAAGAAAUAACUCUGCUUUCUGCUGCAGUUCCUUGGCUCUCGUUUUCUGUAUGUGUGUGCAUGAAUGUGUGUGUGUGUGUGUGUAGGGAUGAAUGGAGAAAUUCAAAUGAGAGAGAAUGCAAAAGGAAAAGAGGAAACAACGUGAGUUCCAAUAAAAGUUACUCUUCCUCUUUCCUUAAGGGGGGCAUGGCUGCUUUGAGACAUAGAUGGUCUUACGGCACAACCUUUAACUCAAGUCUUGAAUGGAUGAUAGCAAAAUCAUAGGCAUAAACUGUAGAACUAGUGGUUUACUGCAGUUCCUUGGCUCUCGUUUUCUGUA